CUGCUGCGAGAGCGGCUGCGCUCCUCCUCCUUCUCCUCCUCUUCCUCCUCCUCCUCUCUGCCCCGCCGCCGGGAUGCCGAAGCUUAGCAAGGAGGCCAAGCAGCGGCUACAGCAGCUCUUCAAGGGCGGCCAGUUCGCCAUCCGCUGGGGCUUCAUCCCCGUAGUGCUCUAUCUCGGUUUUAAAAGAGGUGCAGAUCCUGGAAUGCCUGAGCCAACUAUCUGGAGUCUACUUUGGGGAUGAAGGCUCUGGUGGUCCUGUUGUAGACGCAGCCGAUGGACAGAGUGUCAGAAGAUGCGUACAUUCCAGAGGAGAGGCCGACACUUAGACCAGCUGGCUCAAUCAGCUUGCUAAUGCCAUAGGUUGUACAUACAACAAAAUGAAGUUUAUAUGGACCUAACUUAUUUGCAUUACGGUGUAAUUAAAUAAAUACUGUUUGAAUGGAUGCAUGUUGUUUUUAAGUCUUUGCAUAAUAUAAUGUAGUGGUUUAUUUAUUACAGAAAUCCGUGGUGGGGGUUUUAUUUUGUUGUGUUUUUUUUUUCCAAAAUAUUUAAUUCCCAUACUUAUCUCUGUUAACAAUUGCCUUUUGGGUAAGAUUCCUCUUUAUCUUCACAGUAACCAGAAAAUUGAUCUAAUGCCUUAAAUGCUUCAAUAUUCCUCAAAAGUUCCUUGCCCAAAUGUUGGUAAGCCUCUGUGGAUGGUUGCUGUGCUGAUCCACUUCAGGUUUUUUAUCUCAUUCUGGAUUCUUUUAUCUGUGGAUACAGUAAGGAUUGAGGGAUGUGUAUGUUUGUGUUUUCUAGCGCAGUCAGAUACUAAAAAAGUAUACUUUCCUGCUACCUUUAAAUGCUCUCUGUGUUUUCUGGGAUCUAGGAUGGGGUGGGAGGACAGAACAGUUGAGUGCUCUGUGUGUAUGUGUAUAAAUGACUCUCACUGUAAGAGAAAGUUGCUAAUGUAUAACUGACGGAAGAAAACAAGUGCACUAAACAAGGUAUGUGCUUCAUUUUUAUGCUGAAGUCUUGCUGUUUGGACCAUGGUUGUUUUGGUUUCAGUUGAUUUUCCCCCUUUUAACACUGAAGUUCAAGCACUUAAAUGGUGACUGUUUGGUUUCUGUUAAAUAGAAGCUGUUUUGGGUAGAUUGCUCUUUCCCUUCCAGAACUGUGUAGGGUAGUUUGUAUCUCUGCAGUGAUUUUAAAAAAAUAAUGUUUAUCUCAAAAUUAUCAUUGCAACAAAGGUAUUAUAGAUUUUGA